ACGCUGCGGCUUGUUGUGGAGCUUCGCAGUUUAGGUUAAGUUGGUCACGAAGAAGCCUCGGAGCAGUAAAUUGAUCUGUUUCUCCCUGAUUUUCCCAUGAAUACCUCAUAAAUUAGUCAUCGCGAUGCUGUGAAGUGCUGUCAAACGCUUUGGAUUGCAAAUCUCAGUGUGGCAUAAUUGGGCAAUUUCUUAUAAACAAUAACUUCUCAACAGUAUUUCAAGUCUACAGAGUGAUUGUGCAGGUACUAAGAUGAGCGACAGUUCUUGGAACAUUAAUGUUCACAUCGUGACAUGGAACGUGAGCACGCGGUAUCCCGAAGGAGUGGCUCUGCACUCACUCCUGGGCCUGAACAGCAACCCGGAAUACGAUAAGGACUUGCCGGACUUUUACGUAAUUGGGUUGCAAGAGGUGAACGCUCAGGUGCAGAACCAGGUCAUCGGGUUGUUCCGCGAGGACCACUGGACGCUCAAGUUCAAGGAGAUGCUGCGCGAACGGAACUUCGUGGUGGUGAAGACGGAGCAGAUGCAAGGGCUUCUGCUGAUGGUGUUCACGCGUAAGAAGCAUCUUUUGCACUUGCGUGACAUCGAGGCGGAGUACACGCGAACGGGUUUGGGUGGGAUUUGGGGAAAUAAGGGCGCCGUGAGCAUCAGGAUGAAUAUUUAUGGCUGUUCAACGGUGUUCCUCAACUCCCACUUGGCUGCUCAUGAUCAUAUGCUGGACGAACGUGUGGAGGAUUACCAAAAGAUCGUGCAGGAGCACAAAUACCAUGUGAAAGCGCGGGAGAGCAUCUUCAACCAUGACUACGUCUUCUGGUUCGGCGAUCUCAACUUUCGAUUGACUGGCGAAGCCACAACCACUCCGGAGGACAUCCGCGAGGAGGUGAAGAAGGACAAUCUUGGCGAAUUGAUCCAGAAGGAUCAAUUGCAGCUUGUGAUGAGCCAAGAGCGCGCCUUCAAUGAACUCACAGAGCGCCUUCCGGCCUUUCCGCCUACCUUUAAGUUUGAACCAGGCACGCAGGAAUAUGACAUGAAGCGCCGUCCAGCAUGGUGUGAUCGCAUCCUUUAUCGGGUUUCAGAUCGAAAAUACAACAAUGUGAAGCUGUUUGCAAAGCAAAACUCUUACAAAAGCCACCCUGCCUUUUCCAUAAGUGAUCAUAAGCCAGUUUCCAGUGAGUUUAACAUUAAGAUUUUCAGUGAUCCUUCAGAGAAGGUGGUGGAAUUCGCUCCAAUUGACAUUUGGACCAUUGGCAGAGAGUUCACCGUUAAGUAUACACUUCCGGAUGGCCUGGACGAUGCCGGUAGUGACUGGAUCGGGAUUUACAAUUCUGACUUUGGCAGUGUUGAAGAGUACUUGGGCUACGAGUACACCAGCAGACGCAAGGACGAGGAGCAGCGCAGGACAUUUUCGCUUACAUUCCCGGACACUUUAGAUUUGCCCGAAGAUCCCACGCAAACAUACGUGCUGGUGUACUUCCAGAGCACGGGAACGCGCGGCAUCACCGGCCUGGCCGGCAUGAGUGAUCCCUUCCAUGUGGAGCACCGCGCCCCCAGUCCCAGCUUCAAUUCUGUCGACUAGGACGGAUAAGGGAGAGUCACACCAACCACGAAUUUAGUAGGAUUGUUCACGCGAUUUGCCUAUUCAGUCAAUUAGAGCAGCAUUCACCAGAAAGCUUUCUCUGCCCCUGGUUAAAGGAUGGGGUGGACGCUUCCAUUUGUGUUGUAAAUUUCAGUGUAGAUUUUUUAUUUUGUAAUUUUGGGCUCUUUUGAGACGAUAUAAAGGAUGUUUAUGUUAUGUUGCAAAAUAAGAGAGUUUGCCGU